AUGAGUGGAUGGUCCAAGGUGAACACGGAGCUUCACGCGGGAUUCUGGGAUGGCAACAGCCGGUGGGUAUUACGCGACGAAAAUGGGACUUGGCAAUGCAGUUUUGCUAUCAAUAUCAGAGUUUGCUCAGCACCUUUAGCGGAACUGUGGGAUGUGUAUUACGAUCUUUAUAUGGCUUGGAAGCAUAGAGUUCAAAGACUGUUAGUCCAAAUUGUGCAUGUUUACAGAGAGGCGAAUUGUGUAGCAGAUGGUCUAGCAAACCACGCUUUCUCCUUACCGUUAGGUUUUCACUCUUUCCCUUCUGUCCCCUCUAAGAUUUCGGAGCUGGUUAUGAAGGAUGCAAAUGGCUUUACACUAGCCCAUCUUGUAAGAAUUGGUUAA